AUGGCGUGGGAGAAGACGGCUGCAGAUAAGAAAGCUCGCAUUGCGGCUUCGAUCCCAGAAGAAUGGCGUAUCAAGACCUUGCCGACCGAAGACUCGGUCAUGAACUUUCCAAAGGUCAGCGGCAUCAUGUCCCUUGAGGAAAUAGCCAUCACCGAAUCAUCAGCUUCAGAUCUUGUAGCUCAGAUGGCUGCGGGAAAGCUUACAUCGGUCGCUGUUACAACAGCCUUUUGCAAGAGAGCGGCGCUUGCACACCAGCUGGUAAACUGCUCUCUAGAGUUCUUUCCCGAGAUGGCAUUAGCACGUGCCAAAGAACUUGAUGACUAUUUCCAAAAGAACGGGAAGCCUGUCGGGCCACUUCAUGGUCUUCCUAUUUCUCUGAAAGAUCAAUUCCGUAUCAAGGGCCUUGAAACGUCCAUGGGAUAUGUCUCUUGGAUUGGAAAGUACGAGACAGAGAAUUCCGUUUUAGUGGACCUCUUGUUGAAAGCUGGAGCUGUGUUCUACGUCAAGACCAGUGUACCUCAAAGUUUGAUGGUUUGCGAGACGUUGAACAACGUAAUCGGGAGAACUGUCAAUCCACGCAACAAGAACUGGUCAUGCGGUGGCUCGUCUGGGGGUGAAGGAGCUAUGGUUGGGUUCAGAGGAGGUAUUAUAGGAGUUGGUACAGAUAUCGGUGGGUCAAUUCGAGUACCUUCGGCGUUCAAUUUUCUCUAUGGUCUGAGGCCGAGUCAUGGCCGUUUGCCAUAUGGAAAGAUGGCAAAUUCAAUGGAGGGGCAGGAAACGGUUCACUCGGUUUGCGGUCCAUUAACACACAGUGUCAAAGAUAUGCGGCUUUUCGUGACCUCGGUUCUGGCUGAAGAGCCAUGGAAGUAUGACUCUAAAGUCAUUCCAAUGCCGUGGAGGCAGGCAGAAGCAGACAUAAUCAAGACAAAGCUAGGAUCAGGCGGCUUGACCUUGGGAUACUACAACUGCGACGGCAAUGUCCUACCUCACCCACCUAUUCUCCGGGGUGUCGAGACCGUUGUCUCCACGAUGAAGAAGGCUGGACAUAUCGUCGUUGAAUGGAAGCCAUACAAGCAUGACUUCGCUGUGAAACUAAUUAACGGAAUCUACGCCGGCGAUGGCGGAACCGACAUUUUCAACACUCUCAAGGAAUCGGGAGAACCCGACAUCCCCAAUUUCAAGGAUCUCAUCAACCCUUCCCUGCCAAAAGUCGACAUGAACGAACUCUGGGAUAUUCAACUCAAGAAGUGGGCAUUUCAAUCCGAAUAUCUCGAGCAGUUCCGCAUUGCAGAAGAAAAGCUUGGGAAGGAGAUCGAUGCGAUCUUGGCUCCUAUCACCCCCACUGCUGCCGUGCAACAUGACAAGUUUAAAUACUACGGAUACGCAAGCGCAAUCAACUUGCUUGAUUUCACCAGCGUCGUAGUUCCGGUGACUUUUGCCGACAAGAGCAUUGACAAGAAGCAAGAGAAUUAUAAGCCCUUGAAUGAUUUGGACAAAAUUAUCCAAGAAGAAUAUGACCCGGGAGCAUAUCACGGAGCACCAGUCGCCGUUCAGAUCGUUGGAAGACGACUCACAGAGGAGAGAAUCAUGGCUAUUGCUGAGGAGAUUGGACGCUUGCUGGGGAAUGAGAUCACGCCUUGA